AUGCAGCGCAGUAAUCGAUCAACAAUCGUGCAGAUUCAACAGAGGCGCUUAAACCGACGUAGAACGACGAAGAGUAAUGCUAGGAGCGGAUGCAGCACAGUGCAUCGGAUCAACACCGUGCGAUUCAACAGAGGCGGUGUAGUUGGACUAAUAUUGAGCACAUCACAAUCACCGGAUCGAUUUGGAAACGGCUCUUUGGCAUCAGGUCCUCGUGGCCCUAUCCCAAAGAGUGAUGUUUUAGCUGCAAUUAAGUCAGGAAAGGGGUCUUCAAAAAAAUCCUCACCUGCUCAUAAACUAACUCCAUCACUUCAAAAAGGCCCACAAGCUUCAACCACAGCUUUGCCAGAAUCUUUCUCACAACAAUCAGAUUCUUUUGAAGAUUUGGCGAAUACCCAAAUUCGCAAGAAUGCAUUCAGAGUAGUUGAAGAGCCUAAAAGUUUUUGUUCUUUCAAAGAGAGGCUUUACCACUUGCAGAGAACUGAAAAUGAUCGAGUUUGCUUUGGUAGAUCUGGGAUACAUGGAUGGGGCCUUUUUGCAUGGAGAAACAUUCAAGAAGGAGAAAUGGUCCUUGAAUAUCGUGGUGAACAGGUGAGACGCAGCAAUGCAGAUCUUCGGGAGGCACGCUACCGGUUAGAAGGCAAAGACUGCUAUCUUUUCAAGAUCAGCGAAGAGGUAGUGGUAGAUGCCACUGACAAAGGAAACAUUGCACGCCUAAUAAACCACUCAUGUAUGCCGAACUGCUAUGCAAGGAUCAUGAGUGUGGGUGAUGAUGAAAGCCGUAUCGUACUUAUUGCUAAGACAAAUGUAACUGCUGGUGAUGAGCUAACAUGCGAUUACUUGUUUGAUCCUGAUGAGCCUGAUGAAUUCAAAGUUCCUUGUUUAUGUAAAGCUCCAAAUUGCCGGAAAUUCAUGAAUUAGGUUAUAUACAUAACAAUUAUUGUUUCUCCGCAAGGAGCA